CCCUCAGCCCCCCGCGGCCAGCGACUAUAAAGGCAGCCGCCGCCUGGGCUGCGCCCCGCGCUGGUGCCCUGCUGCGCGCCACCUGCCCUCCGCCCCAGCCGCCCCGCGCUGGUGCCCUGCUCCGCCGCCACCUGCCCCGCUAUGGCUCCCACCCGCGCCGGGCUCCUGCCGCCUCUGCUCCUGGCCCUGGUCGCCGCUGUGAUUCCAGGUCCUGGUGGUGCUCAAACUUCCAUCCACCCCAAAGAAGCCUUCCUACCUCGUGGUGGGUCCCUGAAGGUGAACUGCUCUUCCUCUUGCAACGAGAGCCUUAAACUGGGCUUGGAAACCCAGUGGCCAAAAGUCGAGCUAGAGGGUGGACAAGGCUGGCAGCUGUUUGAACUGAGCAACAUCGAGGAAGACAGCGAUCCUCUGUGCUAUGCGAACUGUGGCGAGGUUCAGUCCUCAGUGUCUGCCAAAGUCCUCGUGUAUUCGUUUCCGGACCGCGUGGAGCUGGAACCUCUGCCGGCCUGGCAGCAGGUGGGCAAGAACCUCACCCUGCGAUGCCACGUGGAAGGCGGGGCACCGCGGGCUCAGCUCUCAGUAACGCUGCUGCGAGGGGAGGAGACGCUGAGCUCGAAGCCUCUAGUAGGGCAACCCAGGGACCCCGAGGAGAUCACAGCCACGGUGCUGGUCAGUAGAGGCGACCACGGAGCCAGUUUCUCAUGCCGCACAGACCUGGACCUCAGGCCGCAGGGACUGCCGCUGUUCUUCAACGCCUCGGUGGCCAGGCAGCUGCGGACUUUCGAUCUUCCUGUGACCAUUCCGAAGCUGGACGCCCCUGACCUCCUGGAGGUGGGCACCAGGCAGAAGCUGGUCUGCUCCCUGGAAGGCCUGUUUCCUGCCUCUGAAGCUCAGAUAUCCCUGGAGCUGGGUGGCCGAAGGCUGCCCCACGAGAUGACGAGCGGCAGAGACUUUGUGUCAGCCACCGCCUUGGUGGAGGUGACUGAGGAGACGGACGCCACCCAGCAGCUGCGCUGUGUUUUGGAGCUGGGAGACCAGAGCCUGGAGGCGCAGAGAAACUUGAGCAUCUACAACUUUCCAGCUCCGGUCCUGACCCUGAGCCAGCUGGAGGUGUCGGAAGGGAACCAAGUGACUGUGGAGUGUGAAGCCCGCGGCAGGGCGCAGGCGCGGCUGAGUGGUGCUCUACCCGGGCCACCGUCCGCGCGCGUCCAGCUCACCCUGAACGCCAGUGCCGAGGAUCACAAUCGACGCUUCCUUUGCUCUGCGGCCCUGGAGGUGGCUGGGCAGCUGCUGUUUAAAAACCAGACCCUGGAACUCCAUGUGCUGUACGGUCCCCGGCUAGAUGAGAGCGACUGCCUGGGAAACUGGACCUGGCCAGAGGGGUCUCGGCAGACUCUGAAAUGCCAAGCCUGGGGGAACCCAUCCCCCAACCUGACCUGCAGCCGGAAAGCGGAUGGCGCCCUGCUGCCCAUCGGGGUGGUGGAGAAUGUCAGACGAGAGAUGAACGGUACCUACGCGUGCCGUGCUGUGAGCUCCCAUGGGAAUGUCACCAGGGAUGUGACCCUGACGGUGCUUUACACAGACUACCACCGGAAUAACUUGGCCAUCAUCAUCGUUCUGUUGACCCUGCUGGCCACUUUGGGCCUUGGGGCCUGGGCCUUUUAUCUUUAUAACCGCCAGAGGAAGAUCAGGAUAUACAAGCUACAGAAGGCUCAGGAGGAGGCCAUGAGACUCAAGGCACAAGCCCCACCUCCCUGAGCCCCCAGGAUACCCACACCUCCCUGCCCCCCUCGAGGGGCAGCAGCUGCUGAUUUUGAACAGAGAAAUUUGCCCUCACCCACCUCCUCAGGCUGUGACAGGACAGGAUGGUGGCCUCAGGUCGUACUUCCCCCUGCCUCAGGACUCGAAGCCUCAGGCCUAAGAGGAGGAGGACAGGACGGGUAAGACUAUGAGGGUGUGUGUGAUCUGGACAUACCCACAGCCAUGUUGGGCCUUCAGCCAGGAAAUGCUGACUUCAUUCCCUACUGCCCGUCCUGAGGGCCCCUGCCUGAGGAAGAAGUGAUAGUCAAGAGACACAAGCACGAGUCAGAGAAGCCCGAGACCGUCCUUCCUCUGACAGACAGGAAAACUGGGACAUCGUCUCUUCGUGAUGAUGUAUUUAUUGAUUCACAGUUUUACCUGCUAUUUAUUGAGUACUCUGCACAGGAGCUAGAGCGGUGAGCUGCCGAACAUACAGGUUCCCGUCUGGACACCGCUUCUAGGGCUGCACACAAAACAGCAGCCCGGGGAAAUGAGGGCACAGGGCUAGGGUUCUGUGUGGGCCAGCGGGGUGCUCUCCCCCAGGCCUCCGCACCCUGGAUGCCCAGCACCAGCAUGGGCAGCCACCUCCCAUGGCAGACAUUCUUGCCUUUGUUCCCAGCGGCAGCCACGGCCUUGGCAGAUGAACAGUGGAGUCUCAUGCUCAUGAAAUUAUGGUCAAUCUUGCAUGGCCUCACCCCCCCAGAGGAAGUCCGGAAGGAGAUGCGCCACUUUGGAGGGUCUUGGGAGCUGUGGGGGCCGCCCCUCCCAGCACAGAAGCCUUCCCUUGUCUCAAUAAAGUUUUAUGUUGGCCUCA